AUGGUACGCCCUCAAGCGGCUGCGGCUGCUUGGUACUUGCGUGUGCAGGCCGACGUGAUUGAGGACCGCCAGUCGAAGACGCUGCUGACCAACGAGACCGUGCAGCGGCUGCGGGCGCUGCGGCAGCGGCAGUGGCAGAAGGCGGCGGCAGACUUCAACAAGCGCCAGGACGCAGCAAGUGCGCGAGCCGACGCAUCAAUUGCAGCAUGGCUUGCGGCUCACAAGGAGCGCGUCGCGCUCGGCUUGACGACCGACGGUGGGACCACCACCGACCACUGCGACACCGAAGGCAUGACCGAGGAGGUUGCGGCCGAAAACGCACCACCCCUAGUGAACGGAAACGGCUACGUUUGGGCCGAGGACUACGGCGGCCGCCCCGGCUGGGUGCUCUGCAUAGAAUAG